GCUUGGGUAGCACCGCACAGGUUUAGUCGAACGGCCCAGUUAUCACACUUGGGUCAUUUUUUCACCAUUGGGGGCUGGCCAUGGCAGAACAUCAAAGGGUUAUUGGCGGGAAGCGCAUUUAACGCAAGAGAUCCGGAGGAUUUUAUGAUUAGGAGAUCAUCCACUCAAGGCGGUCAUGUCACCCUCGCUCUCCAACCACUUGCUCCUAGUAUAAAUAUCAUCAUUUAUUUCAUUCUAAAAAGAACAAUCUUGUGCGCACAAGCGGCAUUAUACUAUUCUCCAGCUCUGUAGCUCUGCCUAAGAUCGGAAUUCCCAUUCGGCACUUCCGUUAUCAUGAGUUUAUUAUUGGAAUAGUUGGAAUGAAACGUUUGCAAAGGGUUGCUUGGCGGGUUUGUGUCAAUCACCGGCAGGCGAUCAGUAGUAGACAGAUGGGCGGCCAUACUAUGUGGGUUUGCAGCCGCUUGGUUUUGUAGCGGAGAAAAUGCAUUAUGAUCACCCAUUGGAAGCGGCACACCUACAAAGCGCUUAGGAGCAUAGGGGAUGAUAUUCACGGCCCUGUUUGCGCAGAAAAAGUAUAUGAGCGAAGUGUUUUUGGUUGUCGCCGUAAUGCCGUUGAUGGGCGGCAGAGUGAAGUUGUUGAUGGCCCAUCUGGUGCAGAUUGCGGUGAUCUUGGAAUGAACGAUUGGACAACGGGUUCGCUUUUUCGUGUUGCACAAAUUGAGGCUUUUGAGAAAUUGCAUGAAAAAAAGAUGGCUGGUAUGGACUUCACUAUCCAUGUAGAUAAUGCUUCUAAGGCAGAUGAAAUUAGGGGAGCCAAGAAAAUGGAUUUCCCCAUAGUCACCCAGC